CAGCGACACACGACCACCAGCCAAGACUAGUCUCCUCCUCCCCGUCCUUUUACCUGUUGCAAAGCUUCAUCCAUUCUCCCCCAACCACGCCCAAUUGGUCUUGUUUCCCGUCUUUCUUGGAAACUCUGUACUUUAUUUUCUUCUUAAUUACAUUCUGUUUCAAUUGCUUUUUUGCAUCACUCUCACAAACACAGCCAUCAUGUUCCGUCAAGCCAUCGCCUCCUCCUCCAGAGCACUGCGUUCUGCGCCGAGAAUCGCUCAGCCCUUGCGCCAACAGUUCCAGCCCGCUGCUGCCGUCUACUCUCCCAGUGCCUUCCAGCCUCUUGCUGCCAGAUGGUACAGCGAUGCUAAGGAGGGCGAGGCCGGCAAGGCCGCUGAUGCAAAGGACGAGGUUGCUGCUGCUGGCGACGAGGUUGCGCAGCUCAAGAAGGACCUCGAGGCCAAGGACGCCGAGGCCCGCGAGUGGAAGGACAAGUGCCUUCGCACGGUCGCCGACUUCCGCAACCUCCAAGACCGCACCCAGCGCGACGUCAAGACCGCCCGCGACUUUGCCAUUCAAAAGUUCGCCAAGGACCUUGUCGACAGCGUCGAUAACCUCGACCGAGCCCUGACCACUGUCCCUGCCGAGAAGCUCAACGUCGAGAAGAAUGAGAGCAACCAGGACCUGCUCAACCUCCACGAAGGCCUCAAGAUGACUGAGACCAUCCUCAUCCAGACUCUUGCCAAGCACGGCCUUGAGCGCGUCGACCCUACCGGCGAAAAGUUCAACCCCAACGAGCACGAGGCUACUUUCAUGACUCCCCAGCCCGACAAGGAGAACAACAUUGUCUUCUUCACCCAGCAAAAGGGCUUCAAGCUCAACGGCCGCGUCCUCCGCGCCGCCAAGGUCGGCGUCGUCAAGAACGCCUAAACGCCUGAAUGGCGCUCUGUUUAAUUUGACAAUCACUUAUCGGCACGGACUCUUUUCCGACGUGCCCAUGCGACCAUUCUGCUGGUUGCGUGUGUAAUACUAUGGGAUAUACCAGGAAAACGGCGUUGGUUUCAAAGAUGUAUAAUGCUCCUCUCAUGAUGGUGAAAAGAUUAUUUUUGUUUCAAUCUCCUCAUUUGCAUUUGCUACUGUAUACUUGGUAGAGGGGAGGGACGCAAAAGGCCAAAAAAAAGGGAUUCCUGUAUGUGGCGACAAGAAAGGGGUUCGCCAGCUCCAACACUUCGUUAAGGUGUGUAUGGCGACUGUUUGAUAUACUCGUACAUAGGGACUGUAUUAAAAGACUUGCGCAAACAUGGUGCUUACAAGCACCCAUUGCGUAUUACUUUCACCAUCUAGACUGUUCAAUCAAGAAAGUGUAUGAGUCGUGAAUUAAGAUAUGGACAGUAUGUAAUCCACAAGCGAGCACAAAAUACGCUCUACAUCGUAACGUUAUCUUAGCCACAGUGUUUUUCCCUGUGGCUCUCGUUUCCCAGUAAUUUUUCAACCCUGCUCCGAGGGGUUCAUCUCAGGCGUAGGGCAUCGUCAACCCUCGAAUCGACUCGCCCUGUCAGCGCCCUCUCUAUACAGCUCUUGGAUUGUCGAUUUUCUUUUCGUCGUAUCGUUCUUAACCAAGGACCAACUCGUAUAUAAUAAUCAGGGUGUUUGCAACUAUCAAAGGCACUGUUUUCGUUCUGUUAGCAACCUGUUUCUAGACCAGUGCCGAACGGUAUGGCGCGGUGGAAAGACAUACUUCUCAUUAAUGUCCGUACACUGGCAAUCAAAUGGACAAUCUUGGCUUGAACACUCUGGGAAUCUGCACCCGCUCCAAAGGCAGGGUCGUAUGAGGCUGGUGACAGGCUGAUGCGGGCCAGGAAGCGAUCUUCUGAGAGGAUUGCCACGGCGUUGAUGAGCAGGCAGGAAACAUAGAACAGAUUUCCUAGGUAUAGCAUGUUGAUUUGUUUUUAGUCGGGCUAGGCGCCUCGAACAGCCAGCUGCUUCUUUUCUCAGUAGGUUGGCGCUUGAUACAGCAGAACCAGAGUUCGCAAGGGGCUUGGAGAGGACGGCGCGUGCGCUCUUGCAACACAACGUUCGGUAUGUGCUAUGUUGA